GGGUUUUCACACCUGCGUUUUUUAGUCCGGUUAAACCGAACCCUGGUUCAUUUUCCCCCUUGGUACGAUUCGUUUGGGCAGGUGUGAAGACAGUUUUGCAGUCUUUUGGUGUUGACUAUUACAAUCGCACCAAGACCCUUUUGAGGAGGUGGUCCCCGUCCGUUCCCAAACGAACUCCAGAGCGGUUUGUUUUUGGUGUGAAAGAGUUCUGAACUCGACCCGACCCCACUAGCAGGUGAACUCACAAGUUUGAGCUCGACGUUUCCUGUAACCGUAAUCCUGUGUUUACUUUCCUGCUCCAGCCAGACAAUCUGACCAAUAAGAGGAGUGAACGUUGUCACAUGGUGUGUAAUGAUGCAUUUUGGUUCACUUGCAUUUUUCUCUGUGUGAAAUCAAACCGAACCAAGGGUGAAAAUGCUACAAGUUUACAAAUUCAUCAGCUGAAUCGGACCAGAGCAAACAAACUUUAGGUGGGAAAACGCCCUUAGUGUUGUCUGGUUCUGUAACAUAACAUUUGUAGUAACACACUCUUCUGAGAGAUGAACUGGGAUGCUGGGAACAAUUUAAUAUGACUCGCUUAUAAUUCAACAGUUGUUUUCAUGGGAUAAUUAAAUCUGUAUUGUUAUUUUCAGGGUGUGGGAGGGGCGUGAGAAAUUUAAAAUUAAAAUAAUUUAUUUUUCUUUUUUCAUUCCUGCCUCGCCUUCUGAUGGUGUCCCAUCAUGCUCUGCUCUGCCCAGCUGAUGUAUUUGGUCGUGGUGACCUCCAGCCUCAGCUGGACAGUGCCAUGCAGGACGUCAGUGAUAAAUACCUGCUGCUGGAGGAGACGGAGAAGCAGGCGGUGAGGAAGGCGCUGGUGGAGGAGAGGAGCCGCUUCUGCUGCUUCGUCUCUAUGCUGAGGCCUGUCGUGGAGGAGGAGAUGUCCAUGCUGGGGGAGAUCACUCACCUCCAGACUCUGACAGACGACCUGAAGGCUCUAACUAUGGACCCUCACAAGCUGCCGGCCUCCAGUGAGCAGGUAAUCGUAGACCUGAAGGGCUCAGACUGCACCUGGUCAUAUCAAACCCCGCCCUCAUCGCCGAGCACCACCGUAUCCAGGAAGUCCAGCAUGUGCAGCAGCCUGAACAGCGUGAACAGCAGCGACUCUCGCUCCAGCGGCUCACACUGCCACUCCCCCACCUCCCAUUUCCGGUACCGCGCCUCCUCCUCCUCCUCCUCCUCGGUGCUCCCACAGCAGACACCUGCCCGCCUGUCUUCAGUCUCCUCCCACGACUCGGGCUUCAUUUCCCAGGAUGCCUUCCAGUCCAAGUCCCCUUCACCCAUGCCCCCGGAGACCUCGCAGUUGGCAAAUGGUUUUGACCAUCAUGCUGCCCUCUGUCUGCACGGAGUGGUACUGCAGGCCCAGGACACCCACCUCCACCCUCCAUACUUCACCUACUCCUCCACCACCACCACAACCACCACCACCUCUCCCAUCUCCUCGCCCUCCUAUUCGUCCGUCUCUCCCACGUGGCCGUGGUCUCAUUCAGGCUCCGGCCAAUCAGGAGAGUUCCCUCCCCUCAGCCCCUCUGGGCUCGGAAUGAUCCCGUCAUCCAGAAUCCCGUCCUGGAAGGACUGGGCCAAACCAGGCCCAUAUGACCAGCCAAUGGUCAACACCCUGAAGAGGAGCAAGGAGAGGAGAGAGACUACAGAUCCCAGCAGCCACCAGAGCGCUGAUGUCACCACACCAGGGGCGGAGCCACAAGGGGUCAAAGGAAGCCACUCUGUGACAUCACCCAAGGAGGACAGGGAGGCCCAUGAGGAGCUGGCCAGAGCGCUGGCCCGAGGCCUCCAGCUGGACAUCCACGGCUCCAGCCGAGACUCGCUGCAGGGCUCCAGCGGCUACAGCAGCCAGACCAACACACCCUGCUGCUCAGAGGACACCAUCCCCUCACAAGUAUCAGACUGUGACUAUUACACUGUGGGCGUGGACCAGGACAGCGAGCAGCAGCAGUCGUCAGACUUCGAUAAAUCCUCCACCAUCCCCAGAAACAGUGACAUCAGCCAGUCAUACCGCCGCAUGUUUCAGUCCAAACGCCCUGCUUCCACUGCUGGCCUGCCCUCCAACCCCUCUGCUAUAAUCACCCCCGGAGUAGCCACCAUCCGACGGACACCGUCCUCCAAACCUAACCUUCGGCGGCCCUCCGGGGGCCUCAGCCUAGGUCCCAUCCCUAUCAAGCCCCCCAUGAUCCCAGUCAAGACCCCCACUGUGCCUGAACAUCCUGGCUUCCCCAGCAGAGCAAUGUCAGAGGACGGCAACACAUCAAGGACCCCGCUCAGUCCCCCCACCACCCCAUUGUCACCAGGCAACAGUGUGCUGUUGUCGCCAAAGACCAGCCCCUUUGACACUCGGCACCUGUGCGAAGGGUCAGAUCCUCCAACCCCACCACCGCAGCCCGGUGGGCGGGUGUCAGAGUGGGAGCGCCGGCCUCUCCCAGAGCUCCUGGAGGAGACAGAAUAUGGCGAGGUGGAGGACUUUCUGGUGGCUAUCCGACGAGGCGUCAAGCUCAAGAAGACGAUGACCAAUGACCGAUCAGCGCCAAUUAUUCACUGAGAGGAGCGGGGCUGGUUUGACUCGCGCCAUUUUGCGUCCCUGGCUGAAUUUCAGUAAAUAUACUCAUGAAGGGGCACAAAAUGGUUACUGCUAACGUGUAAUGCUAAGUAAAGGCAAAUGGGAACUGACAGCAAAUGAACACCAAGAGGAAGUUGCCCGGAGACUCUGAUCAAGAAUCGGUUUGGAAAUGUCCCCAAAAAUUGUGUACGGAAAAUUUCAUUUUGGUGUCACAAGUUCAUUUCAGCAAUGUUAAUCAAUGUUAAUCUUGACUGAAAGGUAAGAACUCUGCACCUUCACUGUUUGGCCAAAGAGUCGUUAUUAAUUAAAUUAUGGAUAUUUCAUUUUGGACCAAAGAAAGCUCCCACAAGUGGGAUAUGAUCUGAUGUCUUCUCUAAACUGAUACUAAAGGAAGACCCUCAAACUACUGUGUGUAAAAGGCAGAACUUUCUUGUUUGAAAAUGACAAAUCUGAAACAAAAUGAAUUAUCCAUCAUCAAGUAUCAGUUGGAGAGUCGACUUGUUUAGGCCAAGAAUUUCUCCACAGCGCCACAUUUUGUUGCUUUGGAGAAUAACUGAAGCAUUUCUCCCUUUAAAUAGAAACCUGUCAGUAUUGCACUUGACUAAUCCCAGUUAAAUUCCCCUCUGAGGUUAGUACUGGGAACACUGGCGCUGAUCUGAGAUCAUUUCCUCAGGGCAACUUCAGUAUCUAAGAGAAAAGGUGUGACAGGUCAUCCUCGUCGAAUAUAAGCGGGAUGUACAAGGUCGUUCUUGUAGCAGAACUGAUAACUAAAUGUUAUGUUACUACACAAUGUAAUGGGUGUAGUAACGGGAAGAAGAUGAUGAUGAUGAUAGAUGAAGAAGAGAGAAAUUCUCAAAGAGAUAAACGUGAGCUGGUAGGAGUGAUGGAGUAUUUUCAAAAGAUCAAAUCAUUAUUUGUAUGUACAUAUUUAUAUUUUGAUGUGUUUGUAUGUUUUGUCCGUCCCUUUACAUCCCUGUAGUCUCCCAUUUUCUCUCAAGGUGCCAAAAGCCUGUGUGCUGAAUUUAACUGAAAUGUUCUCUAUUUAAUUGACAUUAUGCUGGAUUUUUUUUUUUUAAUGUAAAAACAUAGAUAGGGUGUCUGAUAGAGAAUAAAGACAGCCUGAAAGAAAAAUCAGGCUUCUAUGGAACUGAAAAAGUAUUUGUAUAUGUAGGCUAGAAUAAUGAAGAGUGGCAUGUAACCAGUCGCAUAGCAACUAAGGAUUUUUUUGUUGUUACAGCCUUUACUACCACAUACAGUAGAUUGACCUGCAUGUUCUUAAAGUUUGCCCCAGCAUUAACAAUCUUUGUGACUCUUAAAUUAGAUUCAUAAGUCAGUGAAGCCCAUAACGUCCCUGCAGUGGUUGUAAACGCUGUCAGCAUUAGCGGAGCACUAUCAGUGGAUACCUGUAACUUGCUAGAUUGAGUCUAGUGUUAACUGUACCAAACAAAACAAUGUCCUGUCUUCGAUUCUUUCGAACUGAAAAUCAAAGAUAGUGUAGGGACUGUUUGAUAGUGGGACAGUAUUUGGCUUUAACUAUUGUAUUUUUCUAUUUUCUGUGAAGCACCUAAACAACAAAUCAAAACAAUGGAAAACUAAACCAAUAAUCGCUAUUACAACUACAGUUAAGAACCAUUACAGACGGCCUCCAAACACCUCUGUCCCUGUUCGUUGUUCUUCUUUUAACCUACCAGCUAUGUAGCAACUGUGCACUGUGUGUUAGCAUACACUCAAAGUCCAUGGUAGCAAUAGAAAUUGUUACUACAGGUUCCCUUGUUACUACUUAGCUGUAGUAAUCGGAGUGAUGUGGAUCAGUGUACGGGUCUGUUGUAGUGAAGCCUGUGUUCUGGAAGUGAGCUAUAUUUAGUCGGCACAGAUGUAAACAGUUGUGGACUUGUAGGGCUUGAACUAUUUUUGUGAAGCUACAGCUGAGUCAGCGCUUCAGUGCUGGGACAGUGUACUACAGUUACAGUAUUUUCAUUCUGUCAGAUACACUCGCUGAUUCGGCUAUAGUGUCCAACAGUGCCCCCUGAUGGGCGCACUACUAAAUAUCAAGGGAAGUACAUUUAAGGUAAAAAGCACCAUUUAACUUUUACAUUGUUUUUGUAGACUAAUUUUCAUGUUUGAAUAAAAUUGGUCAUUUAAACAUAAGGACGCCAAUUAAAAGUUAACAAAACAAAAUAAGGUUAGGUCAAUGUACACUCUACUACUUAACAUUUAUAAAUAAUUUGAAGGGGAACAACCUAAAGAAUGAAUCUCAUUGACUGCAUUACAUUUCAUUAAGUAAAGUAAACAACACUGGAUUGACUGAAAAGAUAGAUAUGUGUCUUCGCCAGGGAUUAACUGUUAUAGUCUGAAACUCAACAGCUGAAUUAAUUAAAAGGUAAUAAGAAAAACUUUAAAACAACUAGUAAACCAAAAUAAUUUCUUGAACUAUGCCUCAAAACUUCUUUGGUAAAAUACAAAAUGCACUGAUGCACUCACAAGUCAAUUAUAACAAUAUAUCUGCCUUGUUAAAGAGUUUUUGGACCUUUCCUAAGGCUAUGUUAAAUUUAAGCUAAUAUCUGUAUAUGUGGUGUUCUUAUAACAUUACUGUGCAAUUUGCUUGUGCUAUGUUUUACAAGAAUAAUAAUGUAUAAUGUGACUCAGUAGUUACAAACUCUGUAACCAGUUCACCAAAACUGGUGAAUAGAGCCCUUGAGUAAGACACUGAAAUAUGCUCAGAUUUGAGAUAAAAUUAAAAUCCAGAGACAUUUAGUUCACUGUCCCAGUACUACACAUGCAAAUGUAAAAUGGAGACUGAUCCGAGUAGACCACUAGACAGUGUACAUUUUCUAGGAGGAGGACAGGUGCACAAUAUCCUAAAAGGUAUAUAAUCUGGUCUGGAGUCUAGCUUUCUGUAGUCCUAAACUGUUUGUGCUUACUAGCCAUCAAACAGCAACUGUCCAGUAUAUUAUUAUAAACAGUGUUUUUCAGGUGGUUUAAUACACCCUCUGGCAGCCAUGUUGGAAGUCCUUAGCGCUUUGACUGCAAAUAUUAUGACUAAUUAGAUUCCUUAAUGUGCAAUUUGGUCAUCUCAACAAGAUUCGAAAGACAUUUUACAAUUUCACAAAUUAGGUUUUAUGUUGUUGGCCUAAAAUCAGUAUAAAAAGAAAGAUAUUUCAGUUAGCCUUUAUUAGCCAAAUCCAUUGGGUAGACGAAGAAAUUGGUCAUUUCUGAGUUUGAUGUUUUAGUGUUUUGUUAGCUGAUUUACUGUUAGCUUAAUAUCUACAUUUUAAAUUCAUGUACUUUGGACACUAUGUACACUAAUGUACAGUUCUUAAGCUAGCAGUGUAGCACAAGUUUGAAAAAGUUACUGAAUAUUUACAACAAGGCUUUUAAGCUGGGCCUCCAGUAUGGCGCCAGAUGAGGCUAAUACAUCAGAUCUACAACCUGACUGAACAUCCACCGUUAGCUGUGGUUCAACAGACUGUUACGACAGGACACAAGCAGGCUCUGCUACGUACUAAUAUUCAUGUGUAACCGCAACAAAUAUAUAAACCUGUAAUAGCUUGUGAUUACUAAAUGUCAAAUAGCCCGAUGAGGUAAAAAUCUCUAACUUGUAUUAGCAGGUGGUUAGCAUAACGAGCUGAAAUGCACAAAACUCCCCUGUUGCUACUUAGAUACUGUUAAUAGAGUCACCACAAGUCAAAUUAUUUAUGUAUUUAUUCAUUUAAAACCAUUUUAUUUGUGGUUUUUCCACGUUUUUAAUUCUCCAAACUGUACUGUUGAGCAUAUAAAACCUAUUAACAAAUGUAUUUAAUAUGCAUGUUGUCUUUUUUUUCUUUUAGUUAAAGAUCUAAUAGACUUUUUUCUACUGGAACUACUCCCCCCCUCUCAGUUGGUCUCUACUGGACCAGACUGCAUUUUAGAUACCACCCAUCAUCCGCUCUGUUUUCCUUCAGGGAUCAUUGAUGUUUCAUAUUUUAUGUGACAGCAGUUAGACACGUCUGUAUGAUGACUGAAGCCUGUCUGCUUUCUAUCUGUUUUCACUCUGUUCAUUUCGCCUUGCAGGUUAACGAAUACAGUCAUGUAGCUGAUGCGAUAACAAGCGUAUGAAGCCGAAGGUUCGAGCCUGUGAAGACUCUGUAAAUGUGUGUGUUAUCAAUGAUCUGAGUGAUGCUCACACACACACUGAGGAUUAGAAAAGUGAUUACAUGGAAUCACAUCUUAGUAACAGAAGAUCCAGAAAAUCAUUCGCUCAGUUAUUUCAAAUUACAGUAUAUUUUUCACGGUGCAUCUGGUCAGAAAAAUCAUCUUAGUCUAGAUGCAAGUUAGAUUAAAAAUCCCUUUUCAAGUCCUCAUUGUGUGUCCAGGCCAAUUUUGUCCCUGAGCUGUAAGUAACAGCAGCUGUCAGUGUGUUCCCGCCCUUCAACGUUUAGCCUUUCAUUUGACACAUGUUGCCAAAUUUCUUACAGUGCAUAAAGAACACUCUGGGUUGGAUUUUUACUUUUGUUUGUAUGAUAUUCUUACUUCAGGUGCUCUUCUACAAUGGUUUCCCUAAUGCAUUUUGUUCAAUAUUACCAGUUUGGUUUAAACUGUCACUUUCUCUCAAGGUAAAUGUUAGAAAUAGAUAAAAAUCACAUUUGUAAUCACAUUUAAAAACAGUUAUCCACCUUUCUCCAUAGCAGGAAUCUGAUGCUUUUAGUGAGGAAAAUCUAUUUUUGGAAAGAAGUUUAUGCCUAACCCAGGACUGUUAUACUAUGUGUAUCAUGGUCCUAGAUUUUCCAACUCCCAGAUCCUUGACUUUAGUUGGUCAGGUCAGAUCACAACAUGUUUUUGUAGAGGAAUGUUGAAAAUAGAAACUCACCAGAUAGUAGGUCGUCUUCUUAGUAUCUAUAAAGGUUGGGGAAAACAAUGUUGAAUGAGUGCAGUCACAAAAACAUCUGGCUUUAUGAGGAGACCUUUCUCAGUCUGACAGAUUUUUUUGUUACUUCAUACUGUUUGACAAUGUUUCUGUCCACCUUUAAGAUUGCUUAACAUCCGAUGUGUUCACAUUUAGAAGUUAUAAGUGACUGAAAUGUCCAGGGUUAACCUUGAUGAACAUCUACGACCAUGAUCAGGUUCUUGAGCAGGGCUUUUAGCCGCAACGACUUAUCAAGGCAGAGAGCCUCGUAGAGUUAGAGCUAUAACUGUACAAAUCACUAACAGCCUCCACUCUUCCUGGUUAGAUUGAGGAAUUGGGAAAUAAUUUGAGACAAAGAAGAAGAAAUAUAGUGUUAACACUACAAUGUGCACAUGGUGCUCUUCAGUAUUGAAUUGAUUGUCCCUCUGAAAAAUAUGUUUUUCUAAUUUGCGGCCAAAAUGUUUGAAAAUUAAAAUCAGAAACAGGAAAAAACAAUUACUUACCCAGCUAAUUCUGAUAUUAUUAAAAAUUCAUCAUUAAUUAAUGGAACAGAAAUAUCUUGUAAUAAAAUAUUACAGCUGAUAUGCUAUAAAAUAUAAUUAAAUUAAAAUUAGAAUAUAAUUAAAUAUCCCUCUAAUUAUUCCUAAUCUUUGAAAAACUGAUAUUUGAGAGAAAUGAAUUUGGAGAAUGAAAACAUUUUACAUUUGGAAAUCAACACUGAUUAACUACAUUCAUGACUGAUGCUUAAUGAUUUUGUGACUUUUAGCUGAAACACUAAUAAUAAAUAUUCUUUUGUCUUAUUUUAUUAAAAUGGCUCGUGAAGGAAAAAUUUUUAUCUGUCAGAUCAGACGAUGUAAUUUUCCCGCCACACGUAACAGUUGCAGCUAAGAGGACGACAAACUUCAUCGCCAUAUUGUCCUGUAGAUUUUUCAUGAUUCUUGCUAAUAAAAAAAUACCAGAUAACCAGUUGAUCCAUUAGCAGGUUUUAUUACAUUUUUAAACAUUUAAGAGGGAAACUUUUUUUUUUUUUUUUAAUUACUGGGCCGACCUAUUUCUUCACCUCUGGCUCUUGUACAUUUUGUUUUCAGUUCCUGAAUACUAACUGUCUCCUAUUUUCUAUGUAUAAAAGCUGUUUUGGCUAAAUAAUAAAAUCGUAGCAUACGAUGUGCAUCUGA